AUGGAACAUGGAGAGGACGCAGAAUUUGAGAGAAAACUAGAAGAAGUUUAUACAGCAUUAACUAGUUACAGAGUAAUUCAUGGGGAUACAAAGUUAGAUAAUGCUAUGGAUGUUGGAGAUCGAAUAAUGGUUAUUGAUUUGCAGCAAGCUAUAAUCGAUGAAACAGAAUUUGCUAGAAGUACUAACAGAGGAAAUGCGAGGGGCUUACUGUGUGACCUUCAAUUGAACUGUCAAUACGAAGAUGAGGCAAGGCAAAGGAAGAGAAGAGAUUGA